AUGGACCAGCAGCCUCGUGCCAUAUCCACCGACAUCCCCGUGCCCCCUAUCCCCACGGGGCACUGGGUUGAUCCGUACGCGCGGACCGAGUCGAUGACGAAUCGGGGACGGUACAGCUACGCAAGCUCUGCAAUCUCCACCGUCAACAACCCUCGACGAGUCCGCCGUAGAAAGGACCCGACUCCAUUCAACGUCUUGAUCAUCGGCACGCGGGGCUCUGGCAAGACCUCUUUUCUCGAAUUCCUCAAGACUGCGUUGGCUCUUCCCCCUCAUAAGCGAGGCACUCGCAUGGAUCCCGAGGAUGAACGCGUCCGAGCCACGCCGUCUGGCAACUUCAUUCCUCAUUACCUCGAGAGCGAGAUUGACGGCGAGCGCGUCGGACUGACGCUGUGGGACUCAGAGGGAUUGGAGAAGAAUGUCGUGGACCUGCAGCUUCGAGAGAUGUCAACAUUCGUCGAAAGCAAGUUUGAGGAGACUUUUGCAGAGGAGAUGAAGGUCAUACGGUCACCCGGCGUUCAGGAUACUCACAUUCACUGUGCCUUUAUACUUCUGGACCCGGCUAGGCUAGACAAGAACAUCUCCUCUGCGAGGGCUCUGGCGACCAAUGGGAAUGCCAAAUACCACGCCCAUAGCCGCAUCGUCGGCAGCCUGGACGACGACCUCGACCUGCAGGUUUUCCGCACGCUCCAGGGCAAGACCACAGUCAUCCCUGUCGUUGCCAAGGCAGACACCAUCACCUCCAAGCACAUGAACGUCCUCAAGAAAUCGGUCUGGGAUAGCCUGAAGCAGGCAAACAUGGACCCGCUGGAGGUCCUAGGCCUCGAGGACGGCGAGGACGAGGAGUCACGGCCAUCGUCUACCCAAAUUGCAGAAGAACCAGAGGCACAGGAUUCCGACUAUGCCAGUGGCGAAGAGGGAGGAAAUGAUGACGAGCUACCCAUCCAGGCCGGCGAGGCGUCCCCUCAGUCCAAGAGCUCGAAGCGACAGUCCAUCGCCUCGGCCCGGCGUAACAGAGGCGAUGAGGGCCAGCAAGAGGAGAUCCCCUACAUCCCACUGUCCAUCAUUAGCCCUGAUAUUUACGAGCCUGAGGUGAUUGGUCGAAAGUUCCCUUGGGGCUUCGCGGAUCCCAACAACGAGGAACACUGCGACUUCCUGCGGCUGAAGGAGGCGGUGUUCAGCGACUGGCGCGCAGAGCUGCGCGAGGCCAGCAGGGACCAAUGGUACGAGGGCUGGCGAACGAGCCGUCUUAAGCAGCGCGAUGGCCCAGUCCGACGACGAUAG